GUGGUGAUUAUCUUCUUCCUCCUUCGGAAAGCGUCGACCCAAGAAAAUGACGUGGGAUGCGGGGAGUGAGGAGCGUAGGUAGAAGUAACUCUAUCGGUGGAAGAAGCUUCUCCGUUUCUGAGUUCUUUUUUAGUCUUGAGCCCCCCUCCCUCUCUUGCUCGAACAGCUUCUGUUUCUCUCGUCCAGUGGGGAAUUGAUCAUCUACCUUCCUUAGUAUCUCAAUUGAAUUUGUUCUCUGCAUUUGCUAUUCUACUUGAGAAAGAGACUUCUAGAAUAGACCGAAUUGAGAAUGCCUACCCUCGUUGGACAAGAUGUCGGCCAUACAGGCUAUGGAAUGAUGAGAAUGACAUGGGUCCCCUCCCCACCCCCACCAACCACCUACUUUCCCGCCCUCAACGAAACCCUCACACUGGGCGCCAACUUCUGGAACGCCGGCGAACUCUACGGCACGCCCGAUUACAACUCCCUGCACCUCCUGCACGCCUACUUCUCGGCGUACCCGGAGAAAGCGACGCAGGUGGUGCUCAGCGUCAAGGGCGGGUUGGUGCCGGGGACGUUGCGGCCGGACGGCUCGGAAGAGAAUAUCCGGCGCAGUGUGGAUGAGUGUUUGAGGGUUCUUGGGGGGACGAAGAAGAUCGAUUUGUUUCAGUGCGCAAGGCAGGAUCCGGGGACGAGUGUUGAGCAGACGGUGGGCGUGUUGAAGGCGUUGGUGGAGGAGGGGAAGAUUGGGGGGAUUGGGUUGAGUGAGGUGGAUGCGGAGACGGUUAGGAGGGCACACAAGGUCCAUCCGAUCGCGGCAGUCGAGGUCGAGCUAUCUCUCUGGGACACCGCCAUCCUCGAGAACGGCGUUGCCAAGGUCUGCGCGGAGCUCGACAUCCCCGUUGUGGCGUACUCGCCCCUAGGACGAGGUGUGUUGGCCGGCGCGUUUACGAGCCUAUCCGAGAUCCCCGAGGGCGACUACCGCAGAGGUCUCCCCAGGUUCCAGGACGAGGCGAUGAAACAGAACAUCAAGCUCGUGCAUGCGGUCAAUGACCUGGCUGUCCAGAAAGGCGUGGCCCCUGUUCAGAUCGCAUUGGCGUGGGUGCUCAGCCUGAGUGGUCGGCCGGGAAUGCCCACCAUCAUCCCGAUUCCUGGCGGCACGACGAUCGACAAGAUUACGCAGAAUAUGCAGGGAGUUCCUCGCUUCUCUGAUGCGGAGAUGGCGGAGAUUGAUGCCAUUUUGAAGCAGAAUGAGCUCGUGGGGGCCAGAUAUUAAGAACGUGAUACGAAAUGGAGACGGUUUAGAUUAUGCGGUAUAAAUACCGUGGGUAUAUGGUUCGAGUAAAGUUAUUAGAGGGAUUGAAAUUCAAUAG